UCAAGGAAUUUUUUAUUUUUCAUAUAUAUGCUUUUGAUUUCACAAAAAUUAUUACAAUUUUCUUAAAUUAUAUGUGUACGUAUCGCGCGAAACAAAACAUGAAGAUCUGAAAAAAGAGCAUAUUGUAUUUAAUAAAGUAUUCUUUUAUAUUUUUUUAAUUCCUAUGUAAAGAACCAAAUAUUCCAAUUCCUAAAACACAAAUAUUUAUGCAUGUAACAAAAGGCAAUUAAUAAUUAAAUAAUUACAUUUUUGGCUAGAUCUAUAGAGGUAACAGGGUAUAAAGUAAAAACCAUUCUCUAAAAUAAUGUUUCUCGCUGAUAAUCAAAAUAUAAAACUAGCUUGAUUACAUUCCUGAGGCGAGAGAUAAGAAAGGGGUGAAAGAUAACAACAAUACUAGACCCGGGUCGUCAACGUCUUCUCUCGUCGUUCAAUCGAAAUCGCUUCAUUUCACUCGUGUUGCGAGUUGUGUUACGACCGGCAGCGGACCGGUGCUAUUCGUGCGAGAAUCCAAGUUAAAUCGUGGUAUACAGAAACAAAAAUGGCCCAAUUCAUCGCACACAUUAGCAGGAGCGCGAUGAAAACGCUCGUCUCACAUGGCAAAAAUGAUUUACCCAGUAGUGUUGCACAAAACAUUCAAAUGUUCAGAACAUCGAAAACGUUUCUCGUUGCGACACGUUCCAUAACCACAACUCGAUGCCUGAGAACUGAACGGUGGUACACUGAUAAACACGAAUGGAUAACAGUGGACGGCAAAGUGGGCACGAUUGGUAUAUCGGAUUACGCGCAGGAAGCGCUUGGAGAUGUAGUGUAUGCGCAGCUUCCCGAUGUGGGAUCCACAGUUAAGAAAGAAGAGGAAUGUGGAGCUUUGGAAUCUGUAAAAGCAGCUUCGGAAUUAAUAAGUCCAGUCAGUGGGAAAGUCGUGGAGAAAAAUGAGGUGGUUGAAAAUAAACCCAGCUUGAUUAAUUCAUCUUGCUACGAAGAGGGUUGGUUGUUCAAAGUAGAGUUAAGUGAUAUAGACGAAGUCAAGAAUCUAAUGAAUGAGGAAACUUAUAAUACAUUCUUAAAAUCAGAUGUGCAUUAGAUUGGAAUAUUAGAAAAAUGUUAUCUAAUACAGGUUUGAUCCAAUGACCAAUGAUUGCAUUUUCCAUUUAAGAACAUUAUUUGAGAUUUCAAUAAUCUUGUACAGUCUAAAAAAUAAUUACAUUCUGUGAAGAGUUUUACAUUUUGGUCAUUGAGAGCAAUCACAACUGUAUUUAUAGGCAUUGUUUCAUUCAGUAGUUUUAUAGCGGUAGAUAACAAAUUGAUGUUAAUUUAUGUAUAAAUAUGUGCAUCAAGCAGUAACGUUUGAUAUUUUUCUAGCAUGACAUAUAUGAUAUUAUUAAAAUGUUAAUAAUAACAUUAUAUAAUUAUAUAAUAAUGUUAUUAAUUAAUAAAUGUUAUAUUAGUUCUUAUAAAAUUAAAAUAUUUAAUACGUCAAAACAUCACAUGUAUGAAAUGUAACAUAGAAAUUUAAAAAAAAAUUGAAAAAUAUUGUUUAGCAAGUCUAACAUUGAUAUUGAUUGCGAUAAUUGCAAUAUCUUUAUUAGUCACUGUGCAAUGUUCUUCUCGUAUUUAUUAUACAAAGCAAACGAAUACUUGUAUAUUGCGAUAUACAAGUUGUUUGAUACAUGAAUAACAGCAUUCGAGUUACGAAUUAUGAUAGUUCUUGUUUUUUCUCUUUCCGAGUGCACAAGGGCGUUAAAAUUUUGUAAUAAUUGUACAUUCUAACGAGUGACUGAAUAAAAUACUAGUCUUAAUUUGCA